AUGAGAGACACAGGAGGAGAAGGAGGAGGCGACGGAGACAAAAUCUCUAAAUCUGAGAAGGACCAAGUAAGUAGGGUUUCUAUUACACCACUUUUGUCAUGUGGGGUAAUCAUGGUAGUACUGUGACAAAGUCUGCGAGUUGAAAAAUAGGACUCGGUAAAGUGAAAGUUGUGAUGAAAGUUGUUCUGAGUCAGUGGCGAGCGCUGCAGCACAAACAUUUCCUUCUCAUCGGACAGCGGCUCAUAUCGUGUCUGUGUGCAGUAAUAUGAUACUCACACUUUAGGGUCUGUUCUUGGAAGACCUCCGAGUCACUGUAGCAUGGCAGCUGUGUGUAAACAGCAAAGCAUGUCGAGCCACUCGAAGCUAAGUCCGACUACUUUGAGCUCAUGUUUAUAAACAGCUGUGAAACCGGCGGAAGUGAAGCUAGCUCGACAUAAUUGACAGUUGUACAAACCAGCUAACAAUGCGGUGACCACUCCGUUAACAGAGUUAGACAGAAGAAAUAAUCGGAGGGACCUUUUAAAACUGCGACGCUCUCUUGAACAUUGUUUAUCUGGAACUUAGAAAACACAUGAGAGUACGCCUAUUGUUGUCAGUGACGUUAGCUAGCUUAACUACAUUACAGUCAAUGUUAAAUUGAAGCUGUGCGCUAACAACUACAGCCGUUAAUACCAUGAUAUCGAUAUGCAACAGCUGAAUAUAUGAUUAAAAAGGUCUUAAAUUUGCCCUCUCGGCCGAUAACCUCAAUUGACAACAGGUGUAAUUAAAUACAUAAAUAAUUGCUGCAUUCCGUUGAGGUGUGCCAGCCUGAGGGCUCCGAGAUUGCGCCCUAGGUUGGUACAACAAUGGCACGGAGCCAUGUCCAAACCAGCUACGCACGGAUUUUCCUAAUUACCACCAAUCAGAGCGCUGUGUAAGACUGAGUAAUUCACUUUAAAAUGCAUUCAAUGCUUAAUUUUAUAAACUCAGAGUAAAUUUUAAGACGCACAAAGAGUAUCUCACUUCAAAAAAAUAACCCAGUAGGAUUCAUUUGCCUUUGUAAUUAAGAAUGCACUGGACACACUGAGGAUACCUGUACAGAGUGGGACUCUAAACACACACACACACACACACAUGCAUGCCAACACGCUCAUGUUCCACUUCUCAAAAACUGAAGGUGAAAUUACAGCACCUACCCAGAAGUCACAGUCAGGUGUCAAAGCACUGCAUACCUCACCAAAGUAUCACCAAGUUUCUCUCAGAGCCAGAGCCAACAUUUCACAUAGGAGUGGUUUACUACAGCUCACAGCUAAAUGAAUUCCAGGCGUAAAAGGGUAGAGAAUCAAACUUUUUAAAAAUUAUUAUUUUUCUGCAUAAUAUGUUUAUUAACCUGCUCACAUUUUUCAGAGCUGGAUCCCAAAGAUCAUCAAGAAGAGAGUGUGCACCACCUUUGUGGAGGAUUCCUUCAGGUACCGUGGACUCUUUGUAGCACUUUCCUCUAUGGUAGAAAUGUCUCUUUUGACUGAUCAUGUUUUUACAUGUGCUAUCUUUUAAACUCUGUCAGUAAUGGCGCUCUGUGUCAGUGUGGAGGUGCGAGGGACACUCAUGCCUCUGUGGCUUUGGGUGACUACUUCAGCACAGCCAUUGUCAACCACUGGGACAGCGCCCAGCACUCCUCUGAAUACCCAACGGAUGCCUUCGGAGAGUUGCAGUUUGCAGGAGCCAGCAAAAGACACAGCUAUGUGGGUGAAAUUUCUAUUUGUAUCAUUAGUGUGUCAGCUCUUCAUAAGUUAAGCUUUCUUUAUUCAACCAAAAGUCAAUUUUGUCUCCCUUUGCUAAAUCAGUUUCUGCGUCUCUCAUGGGAUACGCCCCCAUCCAUGGUAUACACCUUGAUGACGGCCCACUGGGGUCUCCCCGCCCCAAACCUGGUGGUUUCUGUGGUGGGUGGAGAAGGCAGGACAAAGGUGAAGACUUGGGUGCGGGAGGUGAUCAGGCAAGGACUGGUGAAAGCCUCACAAAGCACAGGUAAACACAUCAUGAAACAAAGGGUAGGUCAAAGGUUACAUGCCGGUGAAAAAGAUUGUGCAACCCAAAUGCAAUGUUUAUGUCAUCAUUGCUGUUAGCAAAAGUUUGCCCAUAUUAAGCAUGUAUUAUAUUAACUGUUCCUCUUGACAUUCAAAACAUUUUUUGAGUGGUUCACCUCUAAUUUUAGGAUAUCUGGUAUGAAAAAUUCCCUAAAGAUGGGAACAAUGAAUUGUCAUAAUAACCAAAUUAUGCACAUUUUAUCAAUGCCUGUCAAGACUGAGCACCCUUUCAGGAUUCUCUAUAUGUAACCAGUUGUUCACUGUACAUUAUCCCUUACAUCUUGGCUGUCAUUGGUCAUUACCAAAGUAUAUUAAAAAAAUAUGAAUAUUUAUAAUAUUACAAGAAAAAAAAAAGGUAAGUAAUAUAAAGUAUUGUUACAAAUGAAAAUUAAACAGAUAUAAGAAAAAAAAGAAAGCAAAAGCACAAUGAGUUUUAUUCAGCAUGAAAUAUAUUUUCAACAAUGAUCAUAGCCCCCACAGUACCUGUACUCAACCAUCUAAUGAAACUGAAAAAUGCCAUAAAUUCAUCUUGAAACAGCUUGUAGAAGUAGCGUAUAUUUGUGAAUGACUUAAUAUCUGAUUGCAACCUAGAAUUAAAAAGAAAUGUCUGACUAUGACUGGAUUGUAUGUGCAGGACUGUGUGUCAUCACUUAGUGGGUUAGGAGUCAUCACGAGUCAAACUCAUCACUCAAUAAAUUUGUCAUUUAUUUUUCAUUUCUUAUAUUCAUCCUUAAUUGACCGUCAUUGUCCUUCUGAGCCUUAUCCAAUUUUAUUUAUCUGAAGAAUAGUUUCAAUUUACCACAUAGUAAUAGGCCCUUCUGUCCCAUCAGGUUUCCCAUCAUAUUUAUUAACUCAUGAUAAUGUGAAACAGUCUGCCAAUUGGUAAGUUGGAGGUUCAGUCCCUGGUCCCACUGUCUAUAUACUGAAGUGUCCUUAAACAAAGCAUUUAAACCUUAAAGUGUCCCCGCUGACUGCUAAAAGCAGUGUGUGACUGGGAUUAGUAAAAACUAAUAGGUUCUUUGCAUAGCAGCCAUUACUGCCAUUAGUGUACAAAUGUGGCGUGUAUGGGUGAAUCUGACAUUUAAUGUAAAAGCACUUUGAGUGGUCAGAAACUGAGAGAAAGCAUUUUAUGAACAUGGUCCAUUUUCCAUUAACAAAUUCCUUUUUACUGGCAAAAAGGUCUUAAAAAGUCAUAAUUUUAACUGAAUUUAUCCAGAAAAGAAAACAGUUUUGCUAAUAGAAGAUCGUUCCUCUUUGAAGCCUUUGAAUAGAUGUUAUAUUACUCGGUUCACUGUUCUCAUGUAUCAGAGCUUGGUUUUUAAAAUACCAUUAGUGAUAUUUUAGCCUAUAAUGGCUUCUCUGGAAAGUGGAAGUUCUUAUUGAGGGGAAAAUCCCAUCAGAUUAAGUUACUCUUUUCUUAAAACUGAUUAUUUCUGUUUUUCUUUUUUGUUUCUUUUCUCUAUUUCAUUGCCUUGGUUUUCCAAACAAUUCUAAGGAACAGGCUGAAAGAGUUAAGUAAUGAACUAACCCCUUACUUGGAAGAAAGAGAAGGGGGUUGUUGUGGUUUUAGUCUGGAAAAAAAUGGCUGUUACAAAAUAUAUCAGUGUAGUGACUCCCUAUGACUCCCUGGGGGUCGGAUCCUAAUUCGGUACCACAAUGGCCAUUUCCUUCUGACUGCUGUGCCAAGAACAGGUGGCACAUGGCGAUACUGAUCACCUGUUAUUUAAGGUCAGUUUUAACUGUUCUGCCCUCUCAGUGGACCCGGAUCAAAGCAAAGAUAAUGAGACACAUGUAAAAACACUCAGUUGAUAGACUGCUGCUGCUCUGCCUCAAUACAAAGAGGGUUGUUUGGAAAGUACUCAGAGCAGUGCUAUUGGAACGGAUUUGUUGUUAUGUUGUCAAAAAAAAAAAAAAAAAAAAAAAAGCAGUGUUUUCUGUCUCAGUCUACUACUGUGGGAAGUAUCUCCAAUGAUGCAACACUCAUGUUUCCCCUUCUUUAAUAGAGAAAGUAUAUAGUGUACAGUUUUCUUUAGUCUGCAUUUUUAUGCUUUCUGUUUAAGUUCCUUUGAAAACAACAUCAACCAUUUUGCAAGUAAGUUCUACUUAAAUCUGCAAGGGGAUAAAAUGUUCAGCUUUGUCAAAAAAAAAAAAAGCGCUGAAAUAAGCACAAGCCAACAGUUCCUCACAGGAGCUUGAACAAUUGAGGUAAACCAAACAAUCUCUCUUUUCCUCUCUUGUCUCCUCUACCAAGGGGCUUGGAUCCUGACAGCCGGCUUGCGCGAAGGUGUUGGCAGGUGUGUAGGAGAGGCGGUAAGAGAUCAUGCCACCGCGGCCUCCUCCGUCUCUCUCAACAAGGUGGUGGCACUGGGCAUCGCUCCCUGGGGCCUUGUGCACAACAGGCAGCAGCUGGUCAACCCUCAGGUUGGAGUGGACAGGCAUUCACUUUCUGUAUUCAGUUCCCCCAAGCUCCUAAAAUUAUCAUGUCCUUAUAGGAAUCACAGACAUUCACAGAAUAAACACUGCGGCUGACAAAGGAACCCUGCUUUAUCAUGUAUUUUAAUUAUUCAUCUUCUUACAGGGAAGCUUUCCUGCAAAGUAUUAUGUCCAGAACACAUCCCGGGACUCCUGUUGCCUUGACAACAACUACCAGGCCUUCCUGCUGGUGGAUGAUGGAAGCGUGGGGCGCAGAGGGGGAGAAACAGGGUUCAGGGCCAAACUGGAGGACUACAUCUCUCACCAGCGCACAGGCAUCUGGGGUGAGGAAUUGAAUAAUGAAAUAUAAGAAAAGUAGACUUGUUUUCGUGACAGAUCACUACAUUUACGCCUGAGGUCACAAUAGGAGAAUGUAUUUAUGUGCGUAAACAGAACACAAAUUCAACCCCUAAAAAUGUAAGCAUGUUCCUACAGGUUCAGCCUUGUUUCCGAGCUCUUUGUCCCUCUCGUGGUGAUUGUUUAUUAAUACAUGUUAUGAUAAGAAGAUGUUUUGGUAUCCACUGGAGGAAAACCUCUGCAUGUCCUUGCAUGAGUUUGAUUCCUGGCUUCUCGACAGGUAUAAUCAAGCUGAGAUUUGUCUGAAAUGUAGCAGAGUGCUAUUCCAGUAUCUCUGUUAUCUCUAAGUUCCUGUAUUACAAGAAAAAUAUGCAGCUUGUUUCAGUUAAGUUUGCAGGAAUAAUCAUUUAAAGGAGUCAGUCUGAAAGAAAAAUAAAAUGUUAGAUUAAAAAAACAAUGUUCUUUGUUUGUUGUAAUAGGAAGUGGCAGCAUUGACAUUCCUGUCCUCUGUAUGCUGGUAUCAGGAGACACAAGCAUGCUGGAGGUAGAGAUUUGAAUUUCCCCAAUAAAAAUAAAGAUAGCUUUCAUGCCCUUUUAUAUGUGAAAGCUUCUCUCUUUUCCUAAUUCCUGUCAGAGAGUAGAUCUGUCCCUGAAGAACUCCAUGCCCUGGCUGGUGCUGGCCGGAUCAGGAGGACUGGCUGACUUCUUGAGCGACGUCCUAGAGAAUUUGUCGUCUGCUCAGGUGGUGCAGAGUUCAGGCGAGGGAGAUGGCGAGGCGGGACCCAGCGUGGAUCUGAAGGACAAAGUGACAGAACGGGUUAAGAGGCACUUCCCUACUGAAGCGGAGCCGGACAAACUGGUUGAACGGGUCAGUAUGGAUUAAGAGUUAUAUUUUUUGUUGCCGUCAAGCGGAACAGGAAGAAGCUGUGUGAACUUCUGGCUAGGUUUCAAAGAAUUUAACUGCUGAUGUCGAGGCUUUUCAGAUGCUCUCCAUUGUCUCUUUUUAUAGCUUUUGAUGUUUAUGAGCCUUUGUACUUAAAUAGUUUUCCUCAGUAUUGUGGACUAAAACUUAAAACUGGAUGUUUUUAGUAUCAUUUUUACCAUGUUGCUCUUUCCACUCAGCAUAUUUUGUCACAUGCAUGGGAACUGAAUUUAUCUGGCCUCUUUUGGUUUUACUACCUCGGGCUUUUUCUUCUCAGACUUCAUCCUGUCUCAGUUUGACCCAGAUAACUGGGAACCACAGGCUGCGAUUUUAGUCACUCUCACUUCUACACGGAUUGUGGUUUAGUAGACACUUUCAGUUCCCAUGCAGAAGAAAGAGGUUGUUUUUUUUUUCUCUUUUUUUUUCCCCAUAACAGAAUAAGCUGAAAAUCUGUACUGUGUUUAGCUGAUAACUCCCACUUCAGGAAAAGCCUUAAUUUUCCCUGAAACAGAUACUAGAGUUCUGUUUUUUCUUUGUGUAAAAUUGUGUGUUUCCUCACUGAGCUCGCUAUUUCGAAGAGCACUAAAAUCAACACAAGAAGUGUAUUUGUUUAUCUGGUUAUUGACACUCCCAGACAGUAAACUAAUCAGUGCGGUUAGUUUUGAAUUGCUGUGCUAUGAUUGGCUAUCUGUUGAACUAGAGACUGAUUAGAUACAAACUUAUAUCUUUUUUAACUUGCUGGUCUUUGAUGCUGUUAGAGUACAAUUCAACAGCAUCAGAGGUUAUCAGUCAACCAUAUCAUGAAUAUAACAAUGCCCUUUGACAUCAAAUCUAGGCACUAUCUAGCCUUGUUCUCUGUGCGCUCUAAAAGAUGAGAAUAUCUGCUUACCUAAGAAGAUCAUUAAAGCACUGAAGCCCUGUGUUUUUGGAGAAUGUCUGCACAGAUGAUACUUAAGUUCUUAUUACUUUAAUUCCUUUGUAUGACUGACUAUUGCGCUUUUUGUUUAAGUAUAUUUCUCUGUCUUCCUGCUCUUUGUGAGCAGACUCUGAGCAUCUACCAGAACAGGGACUUCAUCACUAUCUACCACGGAGAGCAGGAGGGUCCAAACGACUUUGACACGGUCCUGCUUAAAGCUUUGGUGGGAGGUAAUGCAAAUUACACAAAUAAACUAUUUAAUAUAUUAAUUAUGAAAGAGAUUAGUAUUGACAGUGAUGCCUCAAUAUGACCCACAUAAGCAAUAAGACUGUUUCUAAAGUGUAAUUAAAAUGCAUGUAACCACUAUGAGAUGAGCCAAAUGAUUGACAGCAGGCCGAAUAAAAAGCCCUCUCAGUUUUUUAUUGCAACAAAUCAAAGAUUGCCGUCUUUGUUUUACACAUGAGGUUUCAGAAGGAUGCACAUCUUUGUUCUAAUGUUUGCUCUUUCCUGUGUCUCAGCCAGCAAGCAUCGUGCUUCAAUUGAUGCCAGCCCUUACAAUGAAGAGCUGAAGCUGGCAGUCACAUGGAACAGAGUGGACAUCGCCAAGAGUGAACUCUUCAACGGAGACAUCCAGUGGAGGGUGAGGACAGAAAAACAUCUUUUCAAGCUGGCAUUUAGAAAAAAAACAUUCAUUUGCACAUAAACACAUAAAGUUUGCUUGCAUUAUAAUAAGAAAAUUCAAUGCUGACUGACAAACAUUUUUUAAACCCAUUAGUAUGAGGACUUGGAGGACUCCAUGACGGACGCUCUGAUCAAUGACAAACCUCAGUUUGUGCGUCUCUUCACUGAAAACGGCCUCAACAUCCUGGACUACUUGACAUAUGGCAGGCUUGAGAGCUUCUACCGCUCUGUGGCUGACGGCACAGUGCUUUACCAGCUACUCCAGCGCCGCCUAGCGUUCAGAAAGGGAUAUGCAGCAACCUCAUCAAACCCACAGGAGUCUUCUUCCAAAGUGGCAGCAGAAAACACUCAGAGCGGCCCUGUGACAGAUAUCAGCCUCUUUGAGGUGAGUGUUUUUAAGCUUGAAUCUUUUUUAUAAAAAAUGACAAAAAUCUAUUGAGUGGUAGUUACUGUUUUCCCUCCUUUUACUUCAGGUUUCAGGAGUCCUGGAGCUGUUAAUGGGUGAUGUCUGCCAGCCAUUUUACUACGAUGCUAUCGGCAUGGAGCAGAUCUCAUCCAAGAGGAGAGCUCUGAAGGCACUGUUUACUUUUAGUAAUAUUAAAAUGUACUCACCACCCCUCAUGACUUUCUCACCAGCCUAUUUUAUGUUUUAUCAACUUUAGAGGGCCAGUAAGCUGCUGCGUGGAGACUGUUUGUACAGAGAGAAGCGCUGCCUCUUCCCCUGGGCUUCUCUUUUCAUCUGGGCUGUACUGCAGAACCGCAGCGAGAUGGCCACCUUCUUCUGGGAGAUGGUAAAAAAAAAAAAAGAUACAGGAAAAAUGAAAACUUCCAGACUGCAUUUCAAAUCGUUUAACACCUGCAAACUUACACUGCAAAAGUCUUGCAAUGAUUAGAGCAUCAGACAAAUUUCAGGGGAAUUAUCAUGCAAGGAUAGCUAGACAUCAGUUAGAUGUAAAACAGGAAAUCCAACUGGAAAUAGCAUGCAUGGCUCCAGUUUUGAUGAAAGAUUGUUUGAAUUGGCCAACAGCUGUAAAAUAGUUGAGUCCCGUCUGAAUUUAGAAUUAUUCAAAGUACAAAUUCAAAUAUCUGUGUCAGAGCCAGGCAUUAAAAACGGAAUUUAAUCAUCUCUUUCUUUCUCCUUGAGCCCUUGCAUGUAUCUGUAUCUCUUACCUCUCACUUCUGGCUUUUCUUGCAACCCUCCCAGGCAGGAGAGUCUGUGCUGAGCGCUCUGAGCGGCUGUAAGAUACUGAGGGAACUGUCCAAGCUGGAGGUGGAGACUGAGACCAAACUGUCCAUGAAAGAGCUCGCUCAAAAGUUUGAGAACCUGGCUCACGGUAAGACCAUGGCUGCAUCAUGCGAUUAUGUUGAAUUAAACAAAAACUUGUAACAAUCGGAACAACAAAAAAGAUGGCCAGACAAUAAAUUUGACUUUAAAUUUUUCCCUCUCAGACGUCUUCAGCUCUUGCUAUCGGAGCAAUGAGAGUCGCUCUUUUACUCUGCUGAUCAGAAAGUCUCCUGUGUGGGGCGGCACCACCUGCCUUCAGAUGGGCAUGGGAGCUGACGCACGACUUUUCUUCAGCCAUGAUGGAGUACAGGUGUGUAACCAUUUUCAUCAACCCCAAGAAACUCACAUAGGAAAAAAACACUCUGACUGUACUUGCUUUGAGCUGUAAACAGUGUCAGACAGUAUCAAAGUUAAUCUACUUGACUACUGCACUUUAGUAGAUUUUCUUGAGUAGCCUGCCUGUCUGUACUUCACUUGAGUGUUACUUUGGGAGGUAAUUUAGCUCCUCAUUUUACUUUCAUAGCACUUGUGGCCUCUGCUUUAUUUUCAUUAUUGCUGUGUUUGCUCUAAGGUCAGCUUAACAGUUUUCUUUCCUAAAAACCAAUUCUCAAGACAAUAAUAGUUUUGAUGUUGUUCUACCUGUAGUUUGUCUAAGUUUUGUGUCUCUGUGGUUGAGUAUAGAGCAAAUGCAGAGCAAAUGUAACAUCGAUUAAGUGUGUAGAUUGUAGUUAUGGUUGCUACAGCAGAGAGGGAUGACGAUUGUCCUCUUGUGGUGACACAGUUUUAUCUUUAGCCCAUGUUUGAGGUUUUUCAGAUGAAGAAUGAUUCAUAUAACUUCAGGUGUUUGUCACAAACUUUAUAAAAGGUUGUCAGCCUGUUGAGGCUUCUUGCUACACACAUUUAUUUCCACAUGAAAAUUAAGAAUAAAGUUGUCUACACUUCUAGUUUCUUGGUUGAUGUUUUUAUGGCAGCAUUUUCCUUUUAUUGUUCACAUUUGUUUGGAGUUGCAAAUCUGGAAAUCUGUAUUAAGCAAGUUUAAAUAUAGAAAAAUGUCUCCUAGAUAGUGUUGCUCCUGACUACAUUCAUGUUUUGCAAAAAUGCAAUAUCUUGAGAUAUUUUAUUUAAUAUUUUAGUGUAUUUAAAACAAAAAAAAAAUCUGUACCUUAUCUCAAAUAAUAAUCUGACACAUAAAAUUGGGAGCAAAUACAUUGAAAGUCUCUUUUUUCAGUCUCUGUUGUCACAGAUCUGGUGGGGUGACAUGAAGAGAAACACCGAAGUGUGGAAGCUCAUCCUCACCUUCUUCUGCCCCGUCCUCUGCUACACCAACCUUAUCUCCUUCAGGUAAAAUCUACAACAUUAUCAUUAUUUCUCUUUUGUAGCUGUAAGAGGAAACGGAUAUCAGAGCUGAUAUUGUUUAACUUUAUUCAUGUUGCAGGGAAGAGGAAGAGCACCAGCAAGAGGAGCAGAAGCCUCAUGAGGAAGGACCGGGCAGAGACAGCGACAGCCUCUACGGCACAACGAUCUUCUCUUUCUCAGACAUCAAGCACAUGUAAGGGCCAAGAUUUCCCAAAGAGCUGGUUGCUGAGGCGGAGAGGUUUAUCCUGUCUUAGUAAUCAUGUUUAUUUGAUGUUCAAGUUUCAAAAAGUAAACAUUACUUUGGAGCAUUUUUAGCGUUUUGAUUCAUUAAAGAUGUGUAAUUGUUCUAGUGAAGCAGAUUCACAAGGAUUCCACUCUCCCAGGACAGCAACCAUAAAAGGUGAGAUCCCUUCAAACCUUUUCAGCAGUUUUUUACUCUAUCUGGUGAUAAAACUAUGACCAGUAAUCUUUGUUUUAGGCAUACCUCAUUCUCACAAACGGCCAAAGCGUCCGUUUAUCGUGUCAAGAUGGCGCCAGUUCUGGUUCGCACCCGUCACCUCGUUUAUGGGCAAUGUCCUGAUGUACUUUCUCUUCUUGCUACUGUUCGCUUACGUGCUAUUGGUGGACUUUGAGCCUCCGCCACCUGCAGGGCCAGCCAUCACUGAGUAUGUGCUGUACUUCUGGGUGUUCACCAUCGUGUGUGAGGAGAUCAGAGAGGUGAGGGCUGAGGAACAUGUUUCUAUGUCCCAUUUUACACUUGAAACAACCACUUUGUUGGAUACAACUUUCAUUUUUUCAUAGAAAUGAAAUUUACAAUCAUAUUCAUGUGAUUCUAAUUGUCGAAUGCUUAAGUUAAAUCAUAGAAUAAAUUAUUACAAAACAGAUGUUCUCAUUAAAGUAAUUGUUUGUUCUUCUCAAAGACGUUCUUUGUAGGGACAAAGACCUUGCGACAGAGGAUCAGAGUGUACAUUCAAGACGUGUGGAACAAGUGUGAUCUCAUUGCCGUCACAUUGUUCAUCAUUGGGCUUGUAUGCAGGUACAGACAACAUUUACGUAGAUUAUACAAUAUCACUACAAAUUUAGAGCAAAAACUUUAUUUCUUUGUCUUAAAAAAUUCAGCAAUAUAGUUAAGUUUCUUUUGAUUUAGAUGAUUGUGUAUUUUGGUUCCAUUACAACAUGGUAGACCAACACAGCUCAGCCUAAUUAAUAAUAGUAGGCUGUCAUAAAAGCCCUUUUUAAUCUGUUUUUUCAAAGAAGACUGGAAAGGAUAAACCUGAUCACAACACAAACUUUUGAAGAUCGUCCAAUAUUCAUACUGUAACCCUGCAAUGCAGACAGGUUGGCCAGUGUCAUGUCUACCAUCCUCUGUCAAAGAUAUAUGAAACACUGUCUGGCAUGUCAAGUUGAUACGAAUGGGUGUACGUACUACAAACUUUGUCCACUCAGGAGCAUUAAAAUCCACAUCAACAGGAAGACCCUGACCAUGUAAUUUAAUCAAAUGUUCGUUAUUUCAUGUUUUCAGUUAUUCUUAAAAAAUUCACCCAUCUGAUUACAUUUGAGCCAGAGUAUGAGGAGGUUCAGAUGUUAUCUUUUUUUAUUACAGGGAUAUUGACAGAAUCUCCAUUAGUUAAUUCAUCAUGUCUCUUGUAAAUUUGACUGUUUACACACUCUUACAUAAUCCUCUCACUGCGUUGGGCGUCUGCAGUUGUUCUUCAAGUUGACCACCAGCAGGUGCUGUUACCUCACUGUAAGCGCUCGAUUGUGUUUCAGGAUGUUUAAGUGGUCGUAUGACUUCGGCAGAGAUGUCCUGUGUGUGGACUACAUGGUGUUCACCAUCCGUCUGAUCCACAUCUUUGCCAUUCACAAACAGCUGGGACCAAAAAUCAUCAUCGUUGGCAAGAUGGUGAGGAACAUUUCUCUACAAUUUCUGUUUAUAAUCAGUCUUUUUUUAUCACAGGAAAAAGUUACUUUUGCCCUUAGUUGUAUGUUUAUUUCCACUGUUUUCUGACCUUUAAAUCUGAAGUGUUAUGCAGGAAACUGAGUGUAUUGAUAAAUAAUGGAAUCGUAAUGAAAAUUCAACUUUUCUCUCCUGUUUAGAUGAAGGAUGUCUUCUUCUUCCUCUUCUUUCUCGGGGUGUGGCUCAUGGCAUACGGAGUGGCCAAUCAGGCUCUGCUAUACUCCUAUGACCCUCGACUUGAUCGCAUUUUCAGGCGGGUGUUCUACCGGCCGUAUUUGCACAUUUUUGGACAGAUUCCUGUAGAAGAGAUGGACGGUAUGUUUUUCUGUUAUUUUUCCUGCAGCCUUUGCUUGAAAUUUUUUUCUGCUUACAUAUCUGAAUCAUAACGGAAAAAUGAUUGGAGAUAAUAGAAGAUUUUUUUUGUGCUUUGGGUCCGUCUCAGUGGGGAAGCAGUGGGACAUGCCAUGCACAAGCAAUGUGACGCUAAUUCAGAGUGGGGAAGAGCCGUGCAGAACUAUGGAAAGUAACUGGCUUGUGGUGAUCCUUCUUGUUGUUUAUCUGCUGGUCACCAACAUCCUGCUCAUCAACCUGCUCAUUGCCAUGUUCAGGUAAAGAGCUAGAAGACCAAGGUUCAUCAGAUUAUUUUUUGGCUACAGGUCCUGAUCUUCACCAUGUUGUUUUCCUUUUCCGCUCUUAAGCAACACUUUCUCUGAAGUGCAGGCCAACAGCGACAUCUACUGGAAGUUCCAGCGUUACAACCUGAUUGUUCAGUACCACUCCCGGCCUUCCCUUGCGCCCCCUUUCAUCAUCCUCUCUCACAUAAAUCUCUUUAUCAAGAGGACCAUUCGGAAAGUGCCAUCAAUCAAGAUUCAUCACUUCGGUUAGUGUUUCAACUGAGGUUUCGUUAAUGUUAAUGUAAUUAUUGCUCAUUACUUACUUUGGAAACCAAAAAUGUCAAUGAAGAUCUUGGCCACUCCUGCUAGUUUUGCAGGUAACAGGAAAAGCAGCUAACAGGCUAACGACGUGGGAAACGAUCCAGAAGGAAGAUUUUCUGACUGCCCAAAACAAAAUCCAAAAAAGCAGUGACUCUGAGAGGCUCAAACGGAUGUCUGCCAAGUGAGUAUACUCACCCACACCUACACUGUUGGUCAUUCUUUUCAGCUGGAUGAUGCCAAGUUAAAUGCGUCUGUCUGUUUUAGAGUGGAUGGCGUCCUUAAGCAUAUAUCAGAGAGCAGAGAUUUUGACCACAGACUGAGGGCUCUGGAGAAUGAGGUAAAAACACAAAGCUUUGCACUGAUUGCACUCAUUACUCUGUGCUUUAAGAGUCUCCUUCAUACAUUCAUACUACAGCUUUACAGGAGCAUGUAUGCUGAGUAAUCCCAUCCUAUGGGAGGGUUGAAUAAAUGUCACCCCUCCACAUGUAACAUGGUAACUCAUAUCAUGACGACUCGGACUCAAUGUUCUGAUAUUGAUAUCAUCGGUUGGGGAUUUGAGGAGGUUAUGCCAUCCCCCUUGUUGGCAAAAGAACUAAAAAGUACCUCUCUGUUGAUGUGCAAUAGAUAGCAGUUGUGUAUGUAUAGAAAACACACUUAGAUGUUGAAGCAGUGACACACAUCUUUAAUUUCUUUUCUGCAAAGAGUGAGACAAGAACAUUUAAAGAGACACUUUAAUACGGUUCACAGCCAGUUAGUGUAUCAUAAUGUGAGUGGGACAAUGGGGAUAACAGCUAUCAAUCUAGAUAAGCAGGAGAUUAGCUAUCGUUCAAGAAUUAAAGGGAUAUUCUGGCAUAAAAUUAAUUUAGGGUUAAACGAACUGAAACACCGAGUUAGACACCCCCUCAAGAAAUGAAUGUUGCCAACCGCUUGCUUCUGUAGUUAUACCAACUUUAUUAACGACCGCACGAUAGCAAUACACAGCGGUCUGAGGAGCCAUAAACAAACCUCAACCAUAACUACAAUGCGCAGAACAGCACCUAACUUCAUCAACAGUACAUAUAAGAUCCUAGCCAUAGCACUAGCCACCAAAUAUCUUUUUAACUUUGCCUAAUUUCUUUAGCAAAGAGACUAAACACAGCUCACCUACUCUCUUCCAGCAGCCGCUUGUUUGUAGCGAGACCUCAGGCCAGUCCAUUACGGACAGCUUUGGGGUUACGCAGCUCAAGGAAGAACAUUUAUGAUCAUUUCGUCAUGGAAAUGCAAUCAGACCAAGAUGCUAAGGCAGAAGAACUACUGCGUCUGCAGUGCAAGAUGAUUAAUAUGGUGAUUAUUACUUCAAGGAAAUGAUAAAGAAAUUAUCAUAAAUGUUCUUCUUUGAGCUGCAUCAUUCCGCUGCAGUCUGUAGUGGACUGGCCUGAGGUCUCCAUACAAAUAAGCGGCUGCUGGAAGAGAGUAGGUGAGUUGUGUUGCCUAAAGAAAUUAGGCAAAGUUAAAAAGAUAUUUGGUGGCUAGUGCUGUGGCUGUGACCCUGUAUGUACUGUUGAUGAAGUUAGGUGCUGUUCUGAGCAUUAUUUGUGGCUAUAAAGUGGCAUUUUAGUUGAGGUUUGCUUAUGGCUCCUCAGACCGUGGUGUAUUGCUAUCAUGCAGUUGUUAUUAAAGUUGGUAUAACUAGAGAAGCAAGCGGUCUGCAACAUUCAUCUCUCGAGGGGGUGUCUAACUCGGUGUUACAGUGUGUUUGACCCUAAAUUAAUUUUGUACCGGAAUAUCCCUUUAAGUUCUUGUUUUUACACUGAGCUAUAUUUUUUGCUCGGCAUUAGAAUACAUGGCUGAUAACAAGCUCUGUUUAGUGACUGCUGAAAUGUACAAUAUCAAAUGUCUUGAAAUUCUAGCACAGUCUGUAAAAAGCCUAACUGAUCCUUUCUCUCAGAUGGAGUACUGCUCCGCUGCUCUCAGCUGGAUUGUGGAGACCCUGGCACAAGGCAGCUCAGUUAAACCUCCUCGACCUCCACCUACAUUGAGAGGUAAUGUCACAAAUAUAUCUUCACAAUCCAAAUGUUGGAAUGUCACAUGUUUGCAUUUCCUGAGCUUGUCUGACUAGUUGAUUUGACUUUUUUUAGUGUUUCUUCGAGGCAUUUAUACCUCGCAUGUCACUCAUCAUAUCUUUUCUUGGCACAGAUGCUUUCCCCGCCUCUUCCAGCUCCUCCUGA